CUGGAUAAAAAAGACUUUCGUCCGAUUCAUCUCGUGCCAUAAAGCAACAUUCUGUAUUUAUGGAUAUAAAAACAGAAUGUUAGUACUGAAGAAUACACUCCCUCCAUUUUCACAGUCUCUUUUCUCAGCCAUACUUGUUGAAGCAAAAAAGGGGGAGAAAGCCUAGGAAAGGUGUAGAGCAUUGGUCCUAACAGCAUGGCUACAGCAACAUGGCUGGCCUUGUGUAUCCUUGUUAUAAUCUGCAAUGUGAGCUUAGCAGAUAGAGUUUUGAAAGAAAAAGAAUCAGGAAAUUUUGCUGAGGAAGAAAGUCAGGGAGUUCUAAAAGGGAUGAUCAAUUUCUUAUGGCAGAGUGGAAAGUCUUCCUAUGAACCUGUUUGGCCUGAAAUGGAGUUUGGUUGGAGAAUUAUAGUGGGAUCAAUCAUUGGAUUUUUGGGAGCUGCGUUGGGGAGUGUUGGAGGGGUAGGAGGUGGAGGAAUUUUUGUCCCUAUGCUUGCUUUGAUCAUUGGCUUUGACCCCAAGUCUUCUACAGCCAUUUCCAAGUGUAUGAUUAUGGGUGCAUCUUUAUCAACUGUAUACUACAAUCUGAGGCUUAGACACCCAACACUAGAAAUGCCGCUUAUAGAUUAUGACCUGGCCAUGCUUUUCCAGCCAAUGCUGAUGCUUGGAAUUAGCAUCGGUGUUAUAUGUAAUGUCAUGUUUGCUGAUUGGAUGGUCACAGUUUUGCUUAUCAUCCUGUUCAUAGGUACAUCAACAAAAGCUACAUUCAAAGGCAUAGCUACAUGGAAAAAGGAAACAAUGAUUAAAAAGGAAGCUGCUAGGCAAUUGGAAGUUGAAUCAAAACCUGGUGAUGCUUCUGCAGAAGACUACAAGCCACUACCAAGUGGUCCAGCUGAUUCCCAUGUUGAAAAGGUCCCUUUACUGAAGAACAUUUAUUGGAAAGAAUUAUCACUCCUUGUGUAUAUCUGGGUGGGUUUUCUCCUUGUUCAGAUUGCCAAGACGUACUUCAAGACUUGCUCCGUCCAGUACUGGAUUCUUAAUUUCUUGCAGGUUCCUAUUGCGAUCUCUGUUGCGCUUUUUGAAGCCAUAUGCUUAUACAAAGGAACUAGAGUGAUUGGAUCAAAGGGAAAGGAAAUUACAUGUUGGAAGGUUCAUCAAAUUUGUCUCUAUUGUUCCUGUGGAAUUAUAGCUGGUAUGGUUGGUGGAUUGCUUGGUUUAGGAGGUGGCUUCAUUUUGGGGCCAGUGUUUCUAGAAUUGGGAAUUCCUCCUGAGGUAGCAAGUGCAACAUCAACUUUUUCCAUGCUUUUUUCAUCCUCCAUGUCAGUGGUGCAAUAUUACAUUUUAGACCGUUUCCCAGUACCCUAUGCUGCUUACUUUUCUUUGGUUGCAACCAUAGCUGCCUUGGCUGGCCAACAUGUGCUGAGAAAGAUAAUUGCAAUCCUUGGCCGAGCAUCCAUUAUCAUCUUCUUACUUGCUUUGACUAUUUUCAUAAGCGCAAUCAGCUUAGGUGGGGUGGGAAUAGAGAACAUGAUUGAGAAGAUGGAGAACCAUGAGUAUAUGGGGUUUGAAAACCUCUGCGAUCAUUCUUAGGUGUGUUUUGUCUGUAUGACUAGAGAGCUAGAGUAGUUAUUCCAAGUAGUUAAAUGGCCACGGAUUCCACUUUCAUUCAAGUGAAGCAAAGAUUGUAUGUUAUAUCAUGUAUUUUCUUUUUCUAUUAUGCAAUGGUUGGCUGCAUCGUAAUUUUUGGCAUCUCAAUAUUGAUGUUAAGUA